CCGGCAGCCACUGGGGCCAACACCCACCGCGCAUGUUGGGAACUACAACCGACGGACUACAACUCCCGGCGGGCAGCGCGGAAGCGCGCAGGCGCGGUGAGUCCCCCCUCGGUCCCGGCUAUUGAUCAGCUCAUUGUUUCAAUGGGGGAUCAAUGGGGGCGAGGGUGACAGGCAAAGGCAAAGGGAAAGAGACACCGCAACCAGCCAAAGGAAAACCAUGCACCAGCCCCUGACAUUUGCAAAAUAUUAAAUGCAAAAAAAUAAAACCAAAUAGCAAAUUCUCCCCUGCACACCACGUUUCUUUAUCCUGCAUAUAUAUAUAUAUAGAUAUUUAAAAAAAAGAAGGAUCGAUUUUCUGGCCCCGCUCCCAUCGACUCUGUGACCCCUGACCCUGUGAUGACCCCGGCGACAGGAUGGACAGGCUGAGUCCGGUUCCGGAAAGCCCCGCCAGGCCACGGGGUCAUGGGGGGUCAGAGGUCGUCCCCUCCAGCCUGGAGUCAGAGGUCUCUCCCCCCAGCGACGACGACCUCUGGCCCCGCCAGCCGGGCAACGACCUUUUGCCCCUGGUCCCCGACCCUGGAGGACGACCUCUGCCCCUGCUCCCCUCAGCAGCUCCACGACCUUUGCCCCUGCUCUCCCACCCUUGACCUCUGCCCCUGCUCCGACCUUCCCCGCGACCCCGACCCCCUCCCAUCGGGCCCGACCUGUGACCCGGCCCAGCCUCCGGAGGCGCAGUCCGACCCCGUGACCCCGGACGCGUGUAGCCCGGCAUCAGCCACCGCGGCCAACAGCCCGCCCAUCGCCUGUAGCCCAGUGACCGGUGCCAACAGCCCGCCUUCCGUCUCCGAGCCACCCUCCGCCUGUCCUUCUCCCGUGGCCCCGCCCUCCGCCUGUAGCCCCUUGUCCUCCGGAAGCUCGCCCUCUGUCUGUGACUCGCCCCCCGCCUGUAGCAGCCCCCUGUCCGACUGUAGCCCCCCCUCGGCCGGCGACCCCUGGAGCCUCGGUGACCCCUGGUCCGCCUGCAGCCCCCCCCCGGGCGAGGGGUCCCCUCCGGCCGACCGGACCCCCCCCCGGUGCGGCCUCGGCCCCUACCCCUCCCACAACUCGUGCAAGACCCUGAAGUGCCCCUGGUGCAACUGGCGUUACAAGUACCGGCGCACGCUGGAGGCUCACGUGCGGGACAAGCACGGGGGGGGCGCCCAGGCCCGCUGCCCCCACUGCCGAGGGGGGGCCCCCCACCCCCGCCUGGCCCGUGGGCUGGCCCACCCCUGCGGCUACCGGCCCUUCCGCUGCCGGCCCUGCGAUUACGCCACCACCACCAAGGGGAAUCUCAGCAUCCACCGGCAGUCCGAGCAACACCAGGCCCGGCUACGGGCCCUGACACCAACCCUGGGGGCCAAUACACCCCUGUCCAUCACAGCCCGGCUCCGGGCCCUCACCCCAACCCUGGGGGCCAACACUCCCCUGUCUGUCACAGCCCGGGCCCCUCCCCUGAUCUCAAGCCCUCCAAUCUAUCCCCAAACCCGUACAGACGGGGGUCACCUUACUGGGUCACAGGUCGCGUGCGGAGACGGGGGGGCCGCUGGUCAGCGGGCCAGCGCGGGGGGAGAUGAGGUGGCCGCGGGAGAGGAGGGGACCGACGGCCAGACCACUGCCCAGAACCUGCGCGCGGAGGUGGGUGGGGGUCUGCGUUGUCCCCUGUGUGCGGACACAUUGAGUGACCCCGGGUCCCUGCGCUCCCACCUCACCCUGGGCCACAGCGUGGUGUCGGGGUGUGUGGCCCGCCUGCUGCCCACGGCCGCGGUGGUGGAAUGUUCUCUGGGCUCGGAGACCCCCCCCGUCUGCACGGAGCCCGGCCUAGAAUCCAGGCCUCCGUCCCAACACAGCCAGGGGACAGGCCGGAGCGGUGUGGAGGUGUUUGGGGCCUGGGACCAGGUCGUGAGCCUGCCUCGGGACGGGAACGCUGAGGGUCAGGGUCUGGAGCAGUGGACGAUGGCAGUGGACAGCGUGGGCCGAUCUCCAGUCCCUUCGGCCCAGGCUCUGUGUGGAGGUGGAGGCCCCAGGGGGGAAGAGGAGGAGGGAGAGGAGGCCGGCCUGGCUGCCUCGCUGAGGCCUGGGGCCUGCCCGGUCAGGAGGGCACACAACUGCCCCGCUUGCCGCGAGUCCGUCACCCAGAGAGCCGUCCCCUUAGCCCACCGCAGCUCGCUAGGCCCGGCUCCCGACACUCCGGCCUCCCACAGGCCUCGGCCCAGCUCCUCACUUCAGGCCCAGGCCCCAGAUCCAGCUCAGGGCCAGGCAGAGGCUGUAAUGCAGGCCCAGGCCUCAGUCCAAACCCAGCCUGGGGCUGAAAUCCAGGCCCAGGUCUCAUGUCCAGCUGAGGACCCACCCGAGGCUGGAAUCCAGGCCCAGGCACAAGACCAGGCAGAUAUCCAGGCCCAGGCCUCAGUCCAGGCCCAGCCUGAGGCUGAAAUCCAGGCCCAGGCUUCAGACCAGGCCCCAGAUGCUGGUCAGGCACCGGCUGAGCCCCUCUCCCAGCUGGGCUGCCUUGGGCAAGAGGCGCUGAGGGGAGAAUGUGCCGACCCCAACCUCAGCCCCGGGGCCUUUUCUUCACCGGCCCCUGUCCAGGACGGGUCCCUGGGGUCCGGGCCCUGCCGGGAGGGCCUGCCACGGGCCGGCAGCCUCAAGCGAAAAUUGGAGGGGGAGGAGGAGGCAGGAAGGAGAGGACGCCGGGACAAGAGAGCGAGGGCCCCCAACUCGCCCCAGCAGGGGGGAGCGUCCCGGGACCCCAGCCCCCCCUGCAGGCCCGAGCCUCAGGCCUGGGCCCAGUCCUCGGCCUUGCCCAUUUGCCAGGAGACGGCUCGCCCCUCCUCAGCCAGGCCCAAGCCGGUCCCCAGGCCUCCGGCCUUGCCCGGUUGCCGGGAGAUCGCUCGGCCUUCCUCCACCAGGCCCGACCUGGGCCCCAGGCCUCAGGCCUCGCCCGGUUGCCGGGAGACGGCCCCCCCCUCGCCCGGCCGGCCCGACGGCGGGGGUCCCCGGCGCUGCCGCACCCAGAUGAGCGGCCUGCAGCUGGAGGUGAUGCGGGCCUGCUUCCGGCAGCGGCGGGCCCCCAGCGUGCCCGAGUGCCAGGCCUUGGCCGCCCAGAUCGGCCUGCCGCGGCGGGUGGUGCAGAUCUGGUUCCAGAACGCCAGGGCCAAGGAGAAGAGGGGGGUGCUAGGCCCUGGCUCCGGGCCAGGGGUAGGGUCUGGUGCGGCCUGCAGUCUCGGCUGCCGCCCCUCCCCCGCAGGCCUGGGCCACGUCUUCACCGGGCCCCACAUCUCCAGGGUGAAGGAGCUGGUGCUGGGGAGGCUGAGGCAGGGCCUGAACGCAGGCCCGGUCCAGGACACCGCCCAGGACCCUGCCCCGGCCCACCACUCUCCCCGGGACCCUCCCCUGCCCCUCCAGGCCCUCCCUCUUCCCGGACUCUCCCCGCUGCUGCUGCCCGGCCCGUCCAACACACCCAGACCCACGGCCCCGACACCAGGCCUCUCCCCCUCUCCCCUCCUGUGUGUUGGAGCCCCCUCCCUGGUUCCAGUACAGAGUGGGAUCCCGCAGCUCGGUGAUGGGGAGGGGGAGAGUGUGGGCCGGGGGUUUUUGGGCCCCCUGCUGCCCUACCUCCUGCCCCCCCUGCUGGCCCCGCAGUCCCCCCUGACCUACCCCCUGCACCUGCCCCUGCAGGGAGGCGAGGAGGUCCCCCGGGCUCUGGGCCCGGCCUUGUUGGGCCUCCUGCCCCAGGCCUGGCUCCAGAAGGCCUUGCUCUGCUCCAGCCUGGGCCUAGGCCUGGGCUGCCCGGAGCCGGGGCCUGGGGCUCAGGCCGGCUCCCUGCCUGGCCCCCAGCCCCCCGGGGGAGGGGAGAGCAGCGCAGGGCCCGGGCCUGAGGCCCUCAAUGCUGGGGCAGGGCCCGGGCUGGAGCCAGGCCUCAGGGCCUAUCCGGCGGGCCCCUAGGUCCAGCUGUGGCUGACGGUGGGGUGGGUCUGACUCCAACCCUGACCCUACUGACCCCUCCCCCCCCCCUACCCGAACCCGUGAUCCUCGGGACCCCAAAACCCCGACAAUAACCCCCCCACCUGACUCUGGCCUCUGAACCUGGUUAUAACUCUGACCUCUGACCCUGGUUAUAACUCUGACCUCUGAUCCUGGUUAUAACUCUGACCUCUGAACCUGGUUAUAACUCUGACCUCUGACCCUGGUUAUAACUCUGACCUCUGAUCCUGGUUAUAACUCUGACCUUGGUUAUAACUCUGACCUCUGACCCUGGUUAUAACUCUGACCUCUGACCCUGGUUAUAACCCCGUGACCCCAGAAUAUCUCUCUUCCCCCCCCACCCUUAUUCUCCGUGAACUCCAAAGAACAUUCCGGUGCUCCCAGGCCAUGCGGUGGUGGCAGAACCAGUGGGCUGCCUCCACCUCUCCCCCUCCUCUCUCACCCCU